AUGGGACAUCAGGGAUAUGGGACAGAAUGUGACACAGACGGGGGCAUCAGUGAGCUGGGACGGAAUAUGACACGGACAGGUGACAUCACGGAGAUGGGACAGAACAUGAAGCAGACAGGGAACAUCAGGGAGAUGGGACGGACCAUAACGCGGACAGGGGACAUCAGGGAGAUGGGACAGAACAUGACGCAGACAGGGAACAUCAGCGAGAUGGGACGGACCAUGACGCGGACAGGGGACAUCAGGGAGCUGGGACAGAAUAUGACGUGGACAGGAGACAUCAGGGAGCUGGCACAGAACAUGACUCGGACAGGGGACAUCCGGGAGAUAGGACAGAAUGUGUCAUGA